AUGUUUUUUCUCACUCCCGCCUUCUUGGGCUGGAGGACUCGAGGCUUCCGCUGGGAUCUUUGCCAGAGAGGGAGACGCAGAUGGGUUCACAUCAACUACCCUCCCCGCAACCGUUCGACAGUUCAAAAGCUGCACGAAAACCAUGAAAAGUUGGUCUUCGUUUGCAAUGGAUACAUCGACCGCCUCGAUCCACGGUUGCUGCCCGAGCGUCACAGAAAGCGGCUCGAGAGGAACAGAAGAGCGACGUUGACGCGUUUCGACGGGAAACUUCCUUGGAGCCAGGCCGUUGAGAGUGCCAUCAAAAGGACGCAUACACCCUGUUUGGCUUUUGCUACGGUCCAUUCUCACCAUCUGCUGGAGGCGUUUUCGAUGGAGGAGGUCGUGGCUCUGGAGAAACUCGUUCCGGAGAUUCGCGAGGCGUUUAAAGCGUCCAAGGCGAAGCUGCCACACCAGGAGGCUCAAGACAAGUUCACUCGCCACGUCUCCGUUGACCUUGUCGGUCUCCGGGAGGAUCCCGUGUCCUUUCCCUUUGAUCUCAAAAAGUCUGCGCGGCAUGCAAAGAAAGAACUCGACGAGUCUUGCUAG